AUGGAUGACUGGCCUAUAUUCACAAACCUUUUAGAGAAUGAACUUUACACAAGUCCCCUAAACUUCAACCAACAUCCUGACAAAUUUUGCAAUGGUAUCACGAAUAUUAUGAUCAGAUGGGCAAAGAAAACUAUUCCCAGAGGCAAGACUAAACACUUUCGGGUGUUUUGGUCUAGACACCUUGAGGAACUGAAAAGAAGGCGGGACGCCCUUCGCAACACUGCUGAUCAGAGUGGAAGAAUGGAAGGCGUACAAGCCUGGAGACAACAAUCAGCUGAAGACAUAGCAACACCAAAUAAUGUACUUACUGAACCAUUCAGACCUUGCAAACUUAAUGCUGCGAUAAAACAGCUCAAGUGCAAGAAGUCUCCUGGCGAAGACGGUAUUCAUCCUGAGUUUCUAAUUAGAAUGGGACCAAAAGCCAAGGAAACCAUGCUGACGCUUUACAACAAAAUCUGGGAGACCAGUCUCGUUCCUAAC